AUGUCAGACGUCGAGGUCAUUGGCGCCUCCAGCUGGGAGUCGACUACGCCUCAGUCGCCCCAAGCGAGCUUCACCCAAGCUAUCAUCGACGAGCUCAGGAAAGUAUCGCCCGCGCCAAUCUCAGCGACGCAGCUGGUCUCGCAACUGCACUCGACGCAGUCAGUCGUCAGGAACAGGUCAAUGCCUGUGCACAAGCUUCCCCUCGAUCUGGAUCAACCUCCUGCUCUCAUUCACCGCAUUGAGAAGACACCAACGCCGCCGCCGACCCAGAGCACUGCCGUACCGAGAUUCUCACAUGUUCUCAUUGGAGUCACGGUGGAAAAGGAGGACACAGUUCCCGACAAAGCCGCGUGGGCCACCUGGCUCACAACUAAUCUGCCACCAUACGUCGGGCAAAUAGACAUCCAGGCUUCGUGGAAGACAGGGUCGGCUUUCGUCAUUUUUGUCAUGCCCAUCGAAAUCUGGCUUGGUCUCCCGGAGCGGGAGGCCUAUGUCUUUCUGGAAUACCAUCGAGGAUGGGACGCUGCAGCGGCAGCACGAGCACAACGAGCACUUUGCCAACCACCACCACCGCCCACGCGAGGCACCGACCGCGGUGUCGGUCGCGGAAUAGCUGGGCAGUCAAGCUCGCAGCUGCAGAGCGAUGAAAACGUGAGGCCAGGCACAGGCACGGGCAGCGGCGCUCGUAUUCCCCAGCGCAUGCCCCAGCCGGGACACGAGACACCGCUUGUGCUGCCCAACCCCAACGUCCCAAGGCCCGACGAGCAAAAAGACUCACGAUAG